UCUACGCAGUAGCAAUGCUCAUACUAAGAUCGUGUAACGAACGCGUGAACGAACAUCCGACAGAACUAAAGUAAAUAUUUCGAUCAUUGUAGCGCAACAACUUGGUGAACUUUCCAGGAGUAACCGUCUGAUAAAUUAAUAUUAUCGGAAUAAUUAGAUUUCAAAUAAUACAACACCCCGUUAAAACGAACAAACCGAUGAUGGAUCAACAAUUAAAAUCUUGUUUUAGUCACGUUGCUAUUGCGACGUCUAAACUAGAGUAGAACAAAUGUAAAUUAGAUACAAUAUAAAAUAUAAAAUAUAAAUUGAGAAUACGGCUCGCUACCGACGAUUCGUGAAGUUAUCGUGCUUGUGCUCGGAUAAGUUCCAUCGUACGUAUUAUUACUUCAUAAAGGAGUCUGGCCCAAAAUUAGUCAUCGUAAGAAAGAGACCGAGUAGUCAUCGAUAAUUAUGUGGGACAAAUGCAAAGCGUCGCUUCUGCUUGUAAUAUUGGUCAUCGUUGCGGGCGAUGCAAAUGACUGCGUGCCUCGAGAUUUUGGUCAGGGCAAUAUCGUAUGCGUUUGUAAUGCGACCUACUGUGACGAGCUACCGGAUAGCAACCCCAAAGUCCCAGAGAACGGAACGUUCUACUGGUACGUUUCGAGCAAAGAGGGUCUCAGGCUGAACAUGAUACAGGCGCGGAUGGGUUCUUGUCAAAAUUCCAGCACCGAUACAGUUCUAAAUAUAGAUACGUCGAAAAAAUAUCAAAGCAUCUUAGGCUUUGGCGGUGCUUUUACGGACUCGGCGGGAAUAAAUAUCAAAAAUCUCAGUGAAGCUGCUCAGGACCAAUUAAUGCGGACGUACUACGGUUCAACCGGGAGCAGGUAUUCGUUAGGUCGAAUACCAAUCGCUGGAACUGACUUCUCUACGAGACCUUACACGUACGAUGACGUCCCUAAUGAUUUAUCACUGCAAAACUUUAGCCUCGCUCAGGAAGAUUACGAUUAUAAGAUACCAUAUCUAAGAAAGGCCAUUGAAUUAAACCCUGAUGUAAAAUUCUUUAGUGCUGCAUGGUCAGCUCCACCAUGGAUGAAAACUAAUGAUCGAAUCAAUGGAUUUGGCUUUUUAAGGAAGGAUCGUUAUCAGGUUUAUGCCAAUUACAUAGUAAAAUUUUUGGACGCGUAUAAAAGCAAUGGCAUUGAUGUAUGGGCCGUUUCGACAGGAAACGAGCCAUUAAACGCUUAUGUACCUUUCGAUCGCCUUAACACUAUGGGUUGGACACCAGACACUCUCGCUGAUUGGGUCGCUAACUAUGCGGGUCCAACUUUGGCAGCGUCCACCCACAAUGGCACGAAAAUUCUUGUUCUAGAUGAUCAGAGAAUCGAAUUACCUUGGUUUGUAAAUAAAGUCUUCAAAGAUAAAACCGCGAAAAAAUACAUCGUUGGUACAGCUGUACACUGGUACACAGAUAGUUUCGCUCCGCCAAUAUUAUUGGAUUUAACACACUAUGGUUAUCCAGAUAAAUUUAUUCUCAUGACUGAAGCAUGUACAGGUGCUGGUACGGAUUACCCAAAAGUUGCCUUAGGUUCGUGGAGCAGAGGGCAAGAAUAUAUUUUAAGCAUAAUACAGUACAUGAAUCAUUGGGCAGUUGGAUGGGUAGACUGGAAUAUAGCUUUAGACGCAACCGGUGGGCCAAACUGGAUUCAAAAUUACGUCGACUCGCCCAUUAUUGUAAAUGCAGAUGCCGAUGAAUUUUAUAAGCAGCCAAUGUACUAUGCUCUAAAACACUUUAGCAGAUUCGUCGAUAGAGGCUCCAUUAGGAUUUCUAUCACCGAUACGGACGAUGUUAAAGCUACAGCCUUCUUAACACCUUCGGAUCAAGUCGUGGUUGUUCUAUAUAACAACAAUACCCAGAAAAAGAACAUUGUUCUCAAUGAUCCGAAAAAGAAUCCUAUUUGCUUGGAAUUACCUGCGUACUCCAUGAAUACCGUAAUUUAUGCACAAUAGAACUUGUAAGUCGUUGAUUAUUAAAUAUAACUUGCAAUAUUGCCAUACUGUAUGUACCGAUAAAUGGCAAUUACAACGUACGUUGUAACGCUAAUAUAUAACAUAAUAAAACGUGCAUUUCGAAAUUGAAAUUUUCUCGAUACUAUCCCAGAAGAGGACUUACAUUUUGUGACAAUAAUCAAUAUACCUGAUAAGAAUAACAAAUCAUCGAGUAACAGUCUAUUAUCUAUUAACGCAAUAAAAUGAAAUUGAAAAAUCUGAAA